AUGAACGACGAUUACUUUACCGACCAAGAACUUAUUUCCUUAUUAGGAAAGCUUUUCCCUCAGUACCCGAAUAUUGCCAUAUAUGGAAGGCCAUCUUUCACUCAGAUAUUUCAGAGUCUACGGUCAGUAAUUGAAGCUGCGUCUAGUUUUUCUGUCAAUGCUGAAACCGCAAAUCAGGAGUUCCAAAUUCCGAGUUUUGAUAACUGCGACGAAAAUGAAUCUCAUGACAGUGUGCGUUCUGAAUCGACCAUCGUCACCUCGGGGUGUCAUUCAGCCGAAUCAACACUUGAUAACGACUUCGUAGUUCUGGGAUCCGAAGAGGGUUUCGCCGAUAACUUCGAAGUUCUAUCGGAGAAUCGACAACUUUCGUCGGGUAGAUUGUCGAAUUGUGACUCAGAGUCUUUCUCGGUUAUCGGGGAUACGACUCGAAGCUUAAAUGAGGGUUACCAAGUUGGAACUACAGGUCGGGAAUCAGAAAUCAUUGAAACUGAUUUGCAGGAUGACGACAGUGAAAUUAGCGAAGAGUUUGUUCACGAGGAAAUAGAAAUCACUUGGGUGACUCAUCAUGAAAGGGUGACGCGGUGGAUCUCUAUGCGACCUGUAGGAUCCCACGAAUUGCGUUGUCAUGAAGAUACAAUGGAAUCUUCAGAUGCGGACGUGGAUGAUAAAAGUUGUUGUACGAACAACUCGGAACAACGCCGAAAAGCCAUCAUAGAAUCACAGCAAUGCACAGAAAGUACGCAUGACAGAAGUGAAACUCCGAAUGCGACUGAAUUUUACAACAUCACAGAACCACAGCCUAAAGUUGAUGAAAGCUCAAGCAUUUACCAUAUUAACACAGAGGCUGAACAAAGUGAAGCCAUAAUAAAACUGCCCAAGCGGAAUGAAAGAGGGAAACUACACAUGGAGAGUGAGGAGACGGAAGAGGGGGACAAGAGCAGUUCGAGUGAGACCACAUUCUUCGAGGAGCUCCAGGUCUUGUCAUCAUCUUCCGAGUCACUUUCUCCCGUCAACAGGCACGCUAUACUGGCAUAA